AUGGCGGAGACUAUCCGUAUCCUCAUAUCCACAGAUAAUCAUGUCGGCUACAACGAGCGAGAUCCCAUUCGUGGGGAUGACAGCUGGAAGAGCUUCCACGAAAUAAUGUGCCUGGCCAAGGAGCGAGAUGUCGAUAUGGUGCUACUGGCUGGAGACCUGUUCCAUGAAAACAAACCCUCACGGAAAUCCAUGUACCAAGUGAUGCGGUCGAUUCGGAUGAAUUGCUUCGGAGACAAGCCGUGCGAGCUAGAGAUGCUCAGUGAUGCGAGUGAGAACUUUCAGGGCGCAUUCAACCAUGUCAACUAUGAGGAUCUGGAUAUGAACGUGGCGAUUCCCAUCUUCUCUAUCCACGGUAACCAUGAUGAUCCGUCUGGGGAGGGUCAUCUGGCCGCACUCGAUCUCCUGCAGGUAUCUGGUCUACUCAACUACUAUGGCCGGACCCCAGAGUCAGACAACAUCCAGAUCAAGCCCGUCUUGUUACAAAAAGGUCGCACAAAGCUCGCACUUUACGGAAUGAGUAAUGUUCGCGACGAACGACUGUAUCGCACCUUUCGUGAUGGCAAGGUCAAAUUCUUCCAGCCGUCAGUUCAGAAGUCCGAUUGGUUCAACCUAAUGUCUGUACAUCAAAAUCACCACGCGCAUACGGAAACUAGCUACCUGCCGGAGAACUUCCUGCCGGAGUUCCUUGAUCUGGUUGUGUGGGGUCAUGAGCAUGAAUGUUUGAUUGACCCCAAGCUCAACCCAGAAACGAAGUUCCAUGUAAUGCAGCCAGGAUCGUCGGUCGCGACUUCGCUAGUCCCGGGAGAGGCUGUAGCAAAGCAGGUCUCAAUUCUGAGUGUCACUGGUCGGGAGUUCAAGAAUGAGCCUAUUCGACUGAAAACUGUGCGGCCGUUUGUCAUGCGCGAGAUUGUCCUUGCAGAAGAAAAGGGCGCUCAAAAGCUUGCUCGUAAAGAAAACAACCGGACAGAAGUAACCCGAUUCCUGAUGACCAUCGUUGAGGAGCUUAUUGAAGAGGCCAACGCGGAAUGGCUGGAGAUGCAGGGUGAGUCUAACGGUGACAAUGAUGACGAGGCACCUGAGAUUCCUCUUCCACUUGUACGCCUUCGUGUGGAGACUUCCACCCCUGAGGGAGGAGCCUAUGAGUGCGAGAACCCACAGCGAUUCUCCAAUCGUUUUGUGGGGAAGGUCGCAAACGUCAACGAUGUGGUUCAGUUCUACCGCAAGAAAAAGACGGCAGGUACGCGCGCAGGAGCUGCAUCGGUCGAGGAAGAGACAGCUGUGUCUCAUCUCUCGGCCCUGGACACGGUGAAAGUCGAACAGCUCGUCCGCGAGUUCCUAUCAUCGCAAUCGCUUAGCAUCCUGCCGCAAAACUCUUUCGGUGAUGCAGUCGCUCAAUUCAUUGACAAGGAUGACAAGCACGCGAUGGAGAUGUUCGUCAAUGAAUCCCUCGAAAAUCAAGUCAAACAUCUGUUAUCGCUGGACCGAGAAGACGAUGAAAUGGACGAGGAAGAGGGAGAACAGAGCUCCUUGUCAAAUGCUAUGGAAAAAUACCGCGGUCAGAUGGAAGACAUGUUCUCCAAGGGCGUGAAGAGGCGCACCCGUGGAAAGAAGCGAUUCAAGCCCAAGCCAGAUGGCUGGGACUCUGAAUUUGAUGGAGCAUGGGAGGACCAGCCCGGUGCAUUGAUCCAUUCUGACAAUGAAGGUGGAGAUAAAGCGGAGGAAGAAGCUGGAGAAGAUGGAGAAUCUCCCACGACUGGUCGUGCCGCACCCGCCACUCGGGGCCGCGGUAGAGGCCGGGGCCGGGGCCGCGGUGCUGCAGCUAGUGCGCGACCCACCAAGGCUAAAGCUGCACCGGCAGAGAAGGCUACGAAGGGUCGUAAGAAGCAGGUUGUCUCUGAUGAAGAAUCAGACGUCAUCAUGCUGGAGGAUGAUGAUGAUGAUGAUGCUGGAGCCCAAGUCAUCUCCGAUGAUGACGAUGACGAUUCACAAGCAUUGUUUGUGAAGCAGCCCCGCGCCACUGCUGCAGCGAAGACACGAAAGACUGCUGCCCCUGCCCCUGCUACUCAACGUCGUGGACAGGCUGCCGCCUCACCAGCUCCUUCGUCGGUCACUGCUGGUGGGACGGCUCCACGCCGAGCUGCUGCGCGAGGGGGCAAAUCUCAGUCUACGCUCAGUUUCGCCGGGUCCCAAGCCAGUGCGCCUCAGUCAUCCCGACCCAGCCGUUCCACUCGGAAUACAAGUAUCAUCAGUGACGGCGUUGAGGAAGAUUCUGAUGAUGAUGCCUUUGAAGAAAUGCCUACUUUCAAUUCGAGGCGACGCAGAUGA